ACUAUGUAAUAAAACAAGAUACGCCCAGAGAACAAGGAAAACUAAUAGGGUUCAUCCUCUCAUUGUUCCAAUGUUUCAUAUAGAAUUAGAAAAAAAUAUGUUAAAAACUGUACCCUCUAUCGCCGCCACAAUGUUUUCGAAAAAUGGGGAUAACUCUAGAACAGAAGGUCACAGAUCGCUGAAAAUGAGGACAUAUAAAACAUAGUUAAGAAUUAUUGGAAAGCAAAUCACAUACUCCUAUCUUGGGAGUGAAAUGUGUGGACAAUUCCUCAACAAAUAGAUAAUGUUGUUUAGCUCCGUUCGAGUGUACUGUGCACCUUUAAACAUUAUCAUAACAAUUACAUAAUCACAUGCAUGCUUUAUCAAGUGGUAUGUCAUGUAUAUAAAUAUGUAUACAUAUAUUGUAUAGUGUACAUAUAAUAUAUCUACUUACUGAUUAAAAGGAAACUAUGUACAAGGAAGAAGUAAAUAUGAAAUGAUAUCAAUUCAGCGAAUUCUAAAAUUAGUAGAAGUAUUAAUCAUUGCAUAAAAGUAUGUAAAUUGGGAUUUUGAUUUGACGGCAAGGACCUACUAAAACAGAAAACACAUAUACGAAUAUACUAAGGUAGAGUUAGGAUAUUAAGAAUGGAUUAUGAAAUAAUCCAGGAUGUAAGAAAAUGUCAGAGAGUUAUAGAGACUUUGAUGAAAGAAGAAAUAAUUUCUUGUGACGCAGAAGGUAUCAAUUUAGGCAAAGAUGGCCCAUUAACACUUCUACAAAUAGCUACAACUGACGGCCAUGUAUAUUUAUUUGAUAUCCAUAAAGAAAAACGUAUGUUCCAAGAUGGUGGACUAAAACAACUUUUAGAGAGUAAUCAUGUUCUCAAGGUAUUUCAUGCAUGUUCUAGUGAUAGCCAAGCAUUGGAGUAUCAGUUUGGUGUUUCUCUAAAAAAUGUUUUUGAUACUCAGGUGGCUCAUCUGGUUAUACUUGAACAACAAGGUCGUUUAAUUCCACAAAUGUUAAAAUUAUCAAAGAUAUGUGAAAUCUACGGCACCACUAAAAUGGAAGAAAAGACUGGUAUGCAUAAAAAAUGGAACAAAGUGUUUGAUUACUGGGAAAUUAGACCGCUCACAGAGGAAAUGAUUGAAUACGCAUGUGCUGAUGUGAGAGUCUUAGUGCCGGGAAUCUAUGAAAACCAAAUACGAAUGCUAAAGGACAUGAAUGCCAUGAAAAUAUUCAGUGAAAGGGUGGACGAAAUGGCUAAUUACCUUAGGGAUCCGAAUCUUCAAAAGACAAGGAAAGAGAGAAUGGCAAAUGGCCGGAAAGCAGUAUUGCGAAACAUGUGCUUAAAAUAUCAAACGUAUGUCUCCAGUGAAACAUUGAUUGAUGAGGAUGAAAAGGCAGCUCUUGGUACAACGUGGACUGAAAAAGAGAUUGACUUAUAUAUGAACCCCUUUGUCCAGUAUAUGUACUACGAAGGCUUUGUUAACGGUCUCAAGGAACUCCAGAGUGAAAUGGACCGAGAUGGCGAUGAUUUUAAUGCUAACGUCAGAGACUACAUUAAACUUUGUAAAGCGAAAUUAUACCCCAAACCGAUGCUUAAAAUGUUAGCUAACGAUCUGUGCACGAGAUUUCGUCAAUUUAUAUUUAAUGAUAUGGUAAAUAAAUAUAAUAAACAAACACCUCUGUAUUAUUUGGGGUCGUUAGAGAAAGUGCUCUUAAAAGAAAUUCGUAUUAAUAGUUCUAAGGACAAAUCAAGAUAUCAUUCGGUCUUGGUGGAUCUUCAUUUUAAGUUAACUGAAGAUUGUAUCAAACAGUUUCAUCAAACUUUUAUAGAGAUUCCUUCUAAAGUUAUAGUUACUAAGGGGUAUUAUUCUUUUUUAUCCUGCCAAACCAAACGAUCAUUUGUUCCCGUGAAUGUGUGUAAAGCUGCAACACAACUUAAGCAAGCUAUUGAUAAAGCAGGAAAGGGUCCUGUUCAGAAAAAGAAUAGUCGAUCAACUGGCCGACCACCGUCUGGUCAAAAUUAAGUUUGAUAUUUGACGAAAAGCCAUGUAUUACACUGAGACAAAAUUAUUGUCGGCCAUCCAUUUAAUACAAGACAUUUUGUAUGGUUUCCGAAUCCCUGCUUAUGUUACCCUAACACAAAUGACUCUUAUACUCCAUAAUCAUGGCGGUUUCCUCUGAAUAAAACGUUAUAUAGAAAUAUGAAUUAAUUGAUAUAUUUAUUUUUAUUUCCAUUUCUGACAACAAUCUUCAAAGAAAAAUAGUUUUCAUAUCUAGCCAUUUCCUCCUUCCAUUUCAUUUCUUAUGAAUACAAUAUUGUUUAUUUUAUGGUUUUUAUUUUCGUAAUAAAAAAUAUGCUUUACA